CACACACACACACACACACACACGACAUAGCUUUAAUAUAUAUCCACGUUACCGCUGCCUUUUACAACAGGAAGUGGUGAGUAGGCUGUUCCUUUCGAGGGUGGAGACAGCAAUGCCAGGAAAUGUAAAGUCUAGUUCCCGUUUCUCGUUGAACCGCAUCACUAAAAACAGUCAAAGGUAAGCUACGAUCCCCAGGCAAGAUGUGUGACUGUGUGUUUCAGGACCUGCUGCCAAGGUACAUGGGAAACAUACAAGGGCAAUGCUGUGCUUGGAUGUGACUUGAUUUCUUAAAAGGUCUGAAAUGAAGUGAGACAAGUCUCCUCCAGAUGUCGAGCGCCAUCGCGCGGGUAUGUCUCGUGGUGGCAGCAGCCAUCUUGAACCACCCGCUGUUCUUUUCUCAAGAGAACGCCACCCUGCCAGAGCAGGACGAGGAGCUGCUGACCCGCAUGCGCCUGCACGAGGAACAGAUGCGCACUCAUGAGGAGCGACUGGUUCGGGAACAGUCCAUGCUGGAGGAGGAAGAGCGGUCCAGGCUGGAGUCACAACCACAACAAUCAGAGGAGAGCCCUGACGAAGCGUAUGUCUGGUACUUCUGGAGUGCCGUCUCCCUGGUCGUUUUCCUCGCCGUCGAAGUCAGCCGGGUGGAUCUCGCCAACGUGGAGACGUGGACCAUCGAAGACGAGGAAAUGUAUCCAGGGAAUGGAUCUAUUGGGGCCAGAACGCUCGCAAUCGACAAGGGCCUGUUGAGGCAGUUUUGUGACCGAUGCCUCCACACGUUAUCCCAUGAGAACUGGAGGGUCCAGGAGUUUGUAGAGGGUUUGGCAGACAACCUGCUUGAGUCCAUGAGGAACGUCUGCAACGCGGAGACACGCAUGGAGUUGGGGGACUUCCUGGGAGUCGGCAGCAUGUUCGAGUCCUGGAAGGCGCACAAGCCUCUUACGUGCGACCUUAUCGUGCCAUUCACCCUGCCGGCGCCAUACUCCUUCCAGUACCACCUCUGGUGCAGCCCGGCUAGCCGCGUGCCCCCUGACCUGCAGGGCUUUGCCGCCAUCGAGGUCAACAAUAAGAAUCUGGGCGCCGGUUGUGUGUGUGAGUCUGUGGUCGCCGGGGAGGACGUGCUCUGUCUCCUACACAGCAAGACCGCCAGGUUAGAGGAAGCGGAGCGCAGCGAAGAAGACGGCCUGCUGUGCUCCAGGGACACCUCCUCCUUGUCCAAAGACCAGGUCAUGAGGUGGUUCCAGUUCUCCGUGAGUAAAGCGUGGGGACGCAUCGCUCACAAGUACGACUUUGAGCUGGCCUUCCACCAGCUGGACACCGCUGGCGCCCUGAAGGUCAGAUUCCGCUCGGGGAAGGUCAUCGUGCUGAACCUCAUCCCCGCAGUCCAAUUGGACGACACUGAGGCCUACUUCGUCUCGCACUUCCCGUCCGACACCAGCUCCACGCCUGACACCUACUGGCCCAUGUCGCUGGCCGUCUACGAAAGGAACUUGCUCAAACAUUUCACGAGAACCCUACCGCAAAACCCCUGUCAUUUACACUGCCUGCAGAUUCUCACUUUCCUCCAUAAGAAGCAGACGGGACUGACCGGGGAGAGCGCUCUGACAGACUACCAUCUCAAGACAGUCGUGUUGCACCUCUUGGUACUGAGAAGACAGCCGUCUAGUUGGGGUGGCGGGUUCCUCGACCAGCGGCUCAGGGACGCCCUGGCCUUCCUUCAGAGGAGCCUGACUGAGAAGAGGCUUCACCACGUCCUGAUUGGCAACAGGCAUCUGCCGGGGGAACUCGGAGUGCCAGAGGUGUUCAGAACUGCAGAGCCGGUCAAUCUGUUUCGUGUGUUUGUGCUGCAGAGGGCGCUGUACGUGGACACGGUCAGGCAUUUGGAAGAAAUGCUGCGAAACGCACCGGCGUUGUUACAGGAAUACACCCCGCACUUGUUGAAUGGAGUGGCUCGUUCAAGUUUAGAUAAUUAGUUUCACUGUUCCUGUUUAUAUCAAAGCCACAUUUUUUGGAGUUGUAGUUACAUACCGUGUUAAGCUUAGCUUUGACUUCAUCAACAGUUUAUCUGUAAUUUCAGUAUUUACGUUUUAAAGAAACGUUACAAUGGUCAUUUGUCUUAAAACUAUAUUCUUCUAUCAUACUGAGACAUGGCGGAACUGUGAAAGAGUGCCACCAGAAACUAUUUGUUGGUUUAUUUUUGGUACUGAGAAAAUCCUAUCCUUUUUUACGUUUAAGUAAGCUUAAUUAAUGGAGAACGUCUAUAAGCAUUCCUGUUAAUAGACCACACCAUCACUCUUGUCAGUUACACCUAAAAGUGGUACAAAAGGAAAUAAUAAAAAUAACUUUUCAUCUGAACAACAUUACAGUUUCAGAAUUAUCUGAGAAUAGACAGGAAAAAAUCUAAAAGUCCUGUAAGGAGCAAACAACCAUAUUUUUGGGAGAGAAAUCAAUGUUUGUCAAAUAAAGCUGAAAUGCAUUUAUACCGUACCUUCUAAACCUGAAUUUUUCUUUGUAUUAGAGUAUUGCUGUUUGUAUUAGAGUUUAUAAUGUUUACAAUUAUACACAAUAACAUUGCAAAAUAUAGUUAAGCCUAACUAUAGAUUUUCUUGAACAUUUUAUAGAUUUUUUUUUAUUUAAUACCUUUUAUAUUUGAGGGUCUAUUACUCUAUUUUGUAUAUUCUAAUCUACAUCCUAUAAAUCCCUGGUUGGUGCAUUAUAUGUAACCUUGCAUGAUAAGUGACCUACUUUAAAUCGAUUUCUUGCCCCUUACAUUUUUUCACUUCUAAGGCAAUUUUUCCAUGCCAAUAAAGCUGUUGAAUAUAAGGUUACAGCCUGAGUUAUCAGAAGAUAACAACGUUUUUAGACCUAUUGUUGAAAGGUUAUCAAACAUUGUAAGCCUAUAGGGGGACCUUUGGUUCAACGCCUGGGCCUAUCUAGAAUCAAUCCGUCCAAUUCAACAAAAUCUACUCAAAAUUUUUAGAAUAGACUCUUUUUCUACCCUACAAUAGAUUUUAAUAACUGAAAUAAAUGUUAAUAGAGCAAGACCCACCUUUCCAUCUGUGCUCUCAUAAAACAUUUGUUUUUAGUCUUUUUUUUAUGUAUAUACAGUAAAGU